GAACCCGAUUUGCCAACAGCCCGUAAGCUAGCGAUGGAUUUGAAGAAGAACGCUCUAUAACCAUGCAAGGGAACACUCAAACAAGUGGCAUUUGCCAAGCUUGUUCUUUCGUAAUGGGCGUGGGCUCGUUCAUCGUUGUCAGCGAGUUUGCGAGGGAACAGGGCUUGACCCGGAGUACCUUACCAGAAGCCGACUGGUUAUUUGCCUUGGUUCCUUCCGAUUCCUUAUUAUUUCCAAGCAGGCAUGCCUUUGAAGCAAUCGGCGAGCGGCUGAAGCCCCGACACUCAAGAGUGCAAAUUAACGAUGGCUUCCCGCGCGCUACUGUGGCGGCGUGUGGUGUCCGGGAGGUCCUGCUCACCUAACGGUAUCAUGGUUCCGUUGGAAUGGGAGGGGUGUGGGGCGUCUGUUUGCUACGGCAGUUCUGCUGUUGCUGCAGAGAAGGACGAGGAGGAGAAACGCCGUAAAUGGUUCCCUCUGCCCCGCUAUUCCGUGCAGUACGCCUCCAUGGUAGGUCUUCCUCGGAAGGGAGAAAACGUCAUCGCCGAUGCUGCUACUGCCACCACCACCACCACGACGGCCUUGAAGUGGGUUCUCCGUUGCUGCCCAAACCUGCCCAAAUCCCUCAUUCAUAAGCUCUUUCGCUUGAGACAGGUCAGAAUACAAGCUGCGGGACCCAUUGAUUCGGUUUUGGAAGGAACAGAAACAAGAAAUGAUGGACGUCUUCUCAAAAGGGUCUCAGCAAAAAAUACGCUCAACUUAGGGGAUAGGAUAUUUCUUCCUAUCAGUAAUCAAGAUUUACCCAUUUCGAAAGCUGGUCAAUUUUGUAGUUUGGACGAGAUAAAUUACAUACGAAGUCUUGAAAUAUACAAGGAUUCGGCUAUCCUCGUCAUAAAUAAACCGCCUGGAAUGCCAGUUCAGGGUGGCACUGGCGUCAAGAUAAGUUUGGAUGAAUUGGCUGAAACAUUAAAGUACGAGUCCUCAGAAAAACCUCGGCUUGUUCACAGACUUGAUAGAGAUAGUAGUGGUGUCCUAGUAAUGGGUAGGACACAAGCAAGUACACUUUUGCUUCACUCAAUCUUCCGGGAGAAGACUUCUGGAGCAACCUAUACUGAUACUGAAAACAUUAAAAAGGUUUUGCAGAAGAAAUAUUGGGCACUAGUUCUUGGGACUCCAAGACGUACAAGAGGCAUAAUAUCUGCUCCGCUUGCAAAGGUGGUGGUUGAUGGUGGGAAGUCUCAGCGGACAACUAUUGCUCAUAAUGACGAUGCCGUGUCAACUCAGCAUGCAAUAACAGAGUAUCAAGUGCUUAGAUCAUCAAGCCAUGGAUUUACCUGGUUGGAACUCUCUCCACUCACAGGGAGGAAGCAUCAGCUCCGGGUGCAUUGUGCUGAAGCCUUAGGAACACCUAUAGUAGGGGACUACAAGUACGGCUGGAGGGCCCACAAGAAAUGGAAGCCUCUGCCGUGUCCAGAUGAUGGGGAAGCAAAUGAUCAGGAUUCAAAAGAGAAGGCUUCCCCUGGUCUUGACCCUGAAAAAGGAAGCAUAUUGGACGGGGAGCCUGCUUUACAUCUUCAUUGCAGGCAGAUGAUUAUCCCCAAUGUGGAAUUGGCUCUGCAGAAAUUGCAGCUAUCCCCAAACGUUGAUCUUUUGAAAGUGGAGAUGCUUGAUCUUAUUUGUCCUUUGCCUUCUCAUAUGCAGAGAAGUUGGGAUCUCUUGUGCAAUUGAGCUCCUUUUCAUGGAAUCAAGCUCCAACCCCUCACAUACUGCUACAACCUGCCGGCACGUGGAAAAUGUGGAAGGGAAAUAGGAAACCCAGUCUCUUUGGAGUUCGGAGUAUGCAGAAUGCAUGAAUUCUUGCAGUCAUGAGGUUGUGGCUAGAUUUUUUUUUUUUUUUUAUUACGUGAGUUAACUAGUUUUAUGAGUUUUAGCUAUUUUUGUUAUCUGUUUGCGGUAUGUAUCAGAAGCAACAAACUCCCAUUUCUAAGGCAACUUGUAUCAUGAUAAUAAGCAUCUGACAGAGUUUUGAAUCA